CUGCCGAGAAGACCCUACAGAACCACAGCAGCCUGCGCACGCCAUCAUACAUAAACCAAGCUUUAUUUAUAUAAAAUCUUGUUUCAAAUUACUGUUUUAAGAAAAUACAAUAAUGAACAACGUUGAAUUAUAUCAGAAAUACAAUAGAUUACAAGCCCACGAUGCCGUGCAAUUCCUUGACGAAUAUACGAAAAAACUACACUGGAAAGACGGAGCCACUGUUAUGGAUAUCGGCUGUGGUGAUGGCAAAGUCACAGCAACCGUAUUGAAGAAGUACUUGCCUGCCCGCACCAAAGUAGUGGGCUCCGAUAUAAGUGAGAGGAUGGUCAAUUACGCCAAUAAAACCUACGCUUCAGAUGACAUUAAAUUUGUCUUGCUUGAUAUUGAGGGUAACUUGCCCGAGCAAAUGCGAGGCAAAUUUCAACAAGCAUUUUCCUUUUAUGCUCUGCAGUGGCCUGAAAAACAUGAUGUCGUGUACUCAAACAUUUAUAAAAUGCUAGCCGAUGAAGGCGAGUGCGUGCUCAUGUUCCUUGGGUACUUGUCGUUCUAUGACGCUUUGAGGAAAUUAGCCAAGAGCAGUCGAUGGAGCCCUUACAUGCAGAAUUUGGAAAAGUGUUUGUCUCCUUACCAUAGCUGUCAGGAUCCUGGGAAAGAAAUAAAGCGCCUCAUGUACAAAAUUGGAUUUACCGACGUUGAAGUAAAAUACAAACCGAAAACAUUUCUUUACAAUAGCGCGGAGGAGAAAAUGAAAUCAUUGUCGGCAGUAAAUGCAAUGACUAUUCCAAAUGAACUAUUUGAUGAAUACAUGGAAGAAGUUAUGCACGAAUUAUGUCGUAUCGACCGAUUGAACAGAGAUGUUGACCCUUCCUUGGCAAUGCAAACUUUGUAUUAUAAUGUAAUUUAUGUUUACGCUAAAAAGUAGAUACUUAUUACUUCUUUGUAACUACGGAAAUAAAUCAAGUAGUAAUUAGUA